UGUAACUCGAAAAUUUUCGGUAAUUGAUCAAUUUGACGUAUUGUUUUUACCGAGUUCGGUGAAUCAGCUCUUGAUUUGCCGGAGUUCGUUUAUUUUUAUGUAAACAAAUCGCUUUGCAGUAAAUUUUCGGUAAAAAAACACCGAUAUCUGUGAAUCAGAGUCGCUGUCAAAACAGGCGUCAAAUUUCAAGCGUCCGUUUCUGGCAGCUUUGAGCGCAACUUUCUCUCUCUGAUAACCACGAUGUAUUAGUGGCAUCUCGCUUGCGCUGUAUAAAAGCAAAGUCAAAUAGGAAAUGUUUCACUGCCAUUUUAUUUUCGUUUCGUCGUAGUGUAAAUCUUGUAUUUUAUUGAAAAUAAGAGGCAAAUUAGUGUUUCUUUAACAGUUUUUGUUCGGUUAUCGUUUGCUGAGCGAGGACAGUCCAUCAGGUAGUGUCAACGAGAUGCUUCAGGGAGUUUGAUAACUCGUAAGCCUGAAUAGAACAAUCGAUAUGGGGUGGCUUUUUCAGUUCCGUUGCAGUAUCAACACUCCAGAUGUCGGGAUUCAAAUUUGAAAUGAUAAAAAUGAACCCGCGAGUUCCCAUUUGGUGGUCACAAAAUUACCAUUUCGUGUCAGCGAAACUGGACUAGAUUAUCGCCCGAGGGCCCAGCAGGUCGUGUCGACCGAAAGCAGCAAAAUUUGGUGAUGUGAAAAAAAAAUUAUUAUUUAUGACAUUUUCCCACCAAAAAGCCGUACCAAAAUUCUAUCACCAUCAGCAGAGCCGAGGCAUCAAGGCAGGUUGGACCGUAUUGGUUUUAGCCGUCGCAUUGCGAACGCAAAUCAAAAUAAUAACAUCUCGGCACAGGUAUGUAAACUUUGCGGUUCCUCGGAUCAGACGGGUGCAGCAACACCAGCAGCAGCUACAGGGAAUCGUACAUCCUCUUCGGCAGUUCACCGGACAAUCCAUCCCAACCUGGUACGGCGGCUACAUUCCGGUUUCUCCGAUAAUAGGGUCCAGUGCCCAUUCGAGGGCUCCUUGUUUGGCGGAAGACACCGUCGACGGUCAAGAACCACCCAUGAUGGCUCCGGCUCACAACACAGAUUACCCAAGUUAUCGGACGCAGGUUCCAGUUGUCGAUUGGCGCAAACACAUUCGGAGGACGGCGCGAGUGGAAAGAACGCAGACCAAUUCAGAAUAUAUUAUUCAAGCCACUUGGGGUCAAACCGACUGGUAGCCGAGACGAAGGCACAGUUGCUGAUGCCGGAUGUUAAUCAGAACCAAACCUCCAUCCAAGGUCCUCAAGCCGUUCUGGAGAAAACAGCGAGCAACUUAGAUCCAGGUGGAAUGUGGGAUGGUCGAAAGUCACGUAGGCGGAAAGUUCCUGCGAACUACACUUAAAACGAUGCUGUUUGAAGACCAAGGGUGAAAGAUGUGUGGUGAGUCUAUUUUUAGAUAAACUUAAUCUUAGAUACAAUUUUAAAGUAUCCGACGAUUGUUUAAGAUCAACUACCUAUCCAGGAUUGGUAUCAGUUCGAUGAUACGGUGAUGGACACCAAACCGAUCAUUGUUUUCUCGGCACUUUUUUUUGAAAAGAAAUUAUUUUUCGCUGCCUGUUCUUAUUAAUUCUCAUUAACGUUUCAGAGCAGUGAAUUGUACCGGCGUUUAAAUUUCGAGAUUUUUUUUUUUUUUUUUUUUUGGGAUUUUAAACCCAUAGGUUUAUUCAUCCCCAUAAAUUUCGAGAUGAUUGUUGACAUCUACACAAUGCAGCCGGUUAGCAACUCGAAUCAGCUCGACUUGUUGGUUCUCCAAAUUUGAACGGAAAUUUUAUCAACAAUAUCGCUUCCGGUUGAUAUGCAUAAGCUCGGCCAAGCAUGCCGUUUUUGAACCGGUAAGUGGAGAAGACAUUCUAAGUCAAGAUUGAAAUUCCCUUUUUUUUUUUUAAUUUCAUCGCUUAUACUGUUACUUGUCUGCCUGAAAUAUAAACUAUUCACGAGUUAGCUGAACUUCUGAAAAACUUUGCCCCCAUCAUCAAUGAACGAGCAAAAUUAGAUUUUUUUUCACAAAGUGCGUUUUGUUUUGCCAUAAUUUUUUGAUUUUUUUUUGUUCUACAGUAAUUUAACAUACCACAUAGAAAUCAUACCAUUCUCAUCCGGGUCUCGGUGAAGAAGUUAUCCCUGAACGAGCUGUAACAACCGUGGUCGAUCGAAUCCAAGCUAUCAAAGUCAAGGUCGAAUUGAACGUUUUUCGGUCAAUCAAUCCUUAACAUCGACUACCUAAAGUACUAACUGAGGCAGGAAAAUGUUGCUCAAUUUGCAUUAUAAAAAACCUGGAUGCAUAGGUUUACGUGUCAAGUGAUGCUGAGCAUUCAACAAGGACACAGAUCCAGGAUUCCUUGUGAACGAAAUACUUUAGCUUUUCGCACGAUAUCAUCGAUGACUACAUGAAUCAGGUAUUAAAAUCUUGUUAUGGUUAUAAAUAAACUUACAAGCAUUUUUAAAGAUUUACUGAAAUUUAAAAUUGUAACAUUUUUUAUUUAAUUUUCGCUUCUGUCAAUCUAAAACGUUUCAUAUGGCCAUAGGUACUCGAGAUGCUGAAAGCCGAAUUCAACCUGGGAUAACUGACGCGGUCUAUGUCGACAAGAUCAGCAGCACCAAGGUGGACAUCACAUGCGAACGGUAAAAGUAUCUAUCGUGCUGUAUAUCCAUGUAUGCCCUAGGUUUUCGAUAUUUUGGAAAAGUACGCCGAAGUUGGUAUCACCCGAACGAGCUGCAAAAAGGUUAUCAGUUUAGCACCUUUACCGUCACGCUUCGGAAAGGACACCCGGUUCCAGUAGGUCGUGCUCAAUUUUCAGCAGAUAUUUUCGUGGACUCCCCUGGAUAACAUCACCGCAACUAUGUUCUUUCAGAAUACGUUUUACUGGUGCAGUUGAAAGAAUCGUUCAACGCUGCGCCUGACCAUUAUUACUCUGCUGUUCUAUAGGAAAAAGCCGAAAGGGGUUACGCACAUGUAGAACAAUGUUGAUAUCUUGUGUGUGAUGUUCGAUAUCAAUUUGUUUAGUUAUGUUUAAAUAAAUAGCAAAAGGCGUAACUCCUAAAGAGUUAUAAGUGUAAGUUUUGUCUUUUUUAUUAUCCGAAUUGAUAGUUUUAGCUGAAGGCGUCGUCUUUUAAAUAUUUUUAUGACUUAAAGCAAACAUAACGUAAGAAUUCACAGACACGGUAAAUACAAAUGAGUGUUUAUUCAUAAUCCUUACCUGGAGCUGGAAUUUAGUUGCUUUAUCUCAACUCAAAAUAUUCUUCUUUUUCAGAUCUAUAUUUUUGAAAAUCGGAUAACCACAGCCUCCUUUCAUUGAACUUGAUUGAAUUAAUAAGG